AUGGUGACAAAGAUAGAUCAUGAUCAUCCUUUGUUUCUUAGUCCUUCCGACGUCCCAGGAGCUGUGAAAAUUGGGAUCCAACUCGUUGGAAUGGAGAACUACACACUUUGGAGACGUGCGAUGCAACUGAAUCUCCUCACGAAGAACAAAUUGGGGUUCAUAGAUGGUAGUAUCAAUAGAGAUGACUUCAAGGAUAAUGUGGAGAAGAAACAGUGGGAUCUCUGUAAUGCGAUCAAAUGCAGCACUGGUAUGGAUCCAUGGGAUGAAUUCGACUCAAUUGUACCACCUCUAUCUUAUGAUUGUGCAAAAUCAAAGGAGUACACUGAUAGCAUAGUUAGGCAAAAAUUAUUGCAAUUCCUAAUGUGA